CUAUAGCAGAAGUGAGCGUGCGAGCACUGCGGAGCCACGCGCACAUUUGAGAAAAGAACUGCGUCGGGCGCCAGUAUAUGCCUUGUCCUUAUCGGACAGCGGGCAUUAUUUAGAGAUAACAAAAACAAUAAAAGGUAAAAAAAAAAAUAUUUGGAAACGACUGCUGUAUCAAUUUGAACAGCCUAGAUAAAAUACAGAAGACGAGGGGAGGCAGGGUAUAUUUACAUCGGAUGCUCUUGUACAUAUAUCGACGCGUGAAUCGCUGCGUACUACUACUUUAUACGGUGAUGACUCAGUAGAGCCCUAGUUUCCUUCAGCUCCCUCUGGUCACAGAGCCCAGGCCUGCAACAGUAUCCCCCUGCUUGAUCCAAAAUGGCUGCCACCAAAAGCGGUUAUGAGGGCAACAUAGCCGGCCUAUAUGACCUGGACCGCACACUGGGCAAAGGCCAUUUCGCCGUGGUCAAACUAGCCCGUCACGUAUUCACGGGCCAACUAGUUGCAGUUAAAGUCAUCGACAAGACCAAGCUUGACGCCUUAGCCACCGGCCACCUGCUCCAAGAAGUCAGAUGCAUGAAGUUAGUCCAGCACCCCAAUGUUGUGCGACUGUAUGAGGUCAUCGAUACACAAACCAAGCUCUACCUCAUCCUGGAGCUGGGCGAUGGAGGUGACAUGUAUGAUUACAUCCUACGUCACGAAGGUGGCGUGGCUGAAGACACAGCGAAAGUGCACUUUGCGCAGAUCAUACGUGCAAUAGCCUACUGCCAUCGUUUGCAUGUUGUGCACCGGGAUUUGAAGCCAGAGAAUGUUGUUUUCUUCAGGCAACAGGGGAUGGUGAAACUAACCGAUUUUGGGUUCAGUAACCAUUUUCAACCCGGCACCAUGUUAAUGACGAGCUGUGGUUCGCUAGCGUACUCUGCCCCUGAAAUACUUCUAGGUGAAGAGUAUGACGCUCCUGCAGUAGAUAUCUGGUCACUGGGUGUGAUCCUCUAUAUGCUGGUCUGUGGACACCCACCCUUUCAAGAGGCCAAUGACAGUGAGACCCUUAUCAUGAUCAUGGACUGUUGUUACACUGUACCUGACCACAUCUCUCCAGAAUGCAAAGAUUUGAUUUCACGUAUGCUGCAAAGGGACCCUGCUAAGCGGGCAUCUCUCACUGAGAUAGAGGGCCACCCUUGGCUGCAGGGGGUCGACCCCUCGCCCACAGGGUACACAGCCGCCCCGCUCCCUUCCCACCGCAGUUUGUUGCCUGAAGAGCAUGAGUGCAUAAUGCAGACCAUGACCAGUGGCAACAUUGCAGAUCGCGAUGUCAUACAGGAAGCUCUGGAGGCUGACAGAUAUAACCACAUCACAGCCACAUACUACUUGCUGGGAGAGCGACUCCUCCGAGAAAAACAGGAGCAGACCAGUAUCACUCCUGAACAAAGACAUGCACAGAGGCCCAUGUCAGAACCACUGGACUUGGUGAGCCAAGCACCCCAGGCAGAUACACUAAGAGGAGCACCUUUGGGUCCAUUAGCACCCCUUAUUGCUCUGUCCUCUGGCUAUGUACGAAGAGGUGUGAGCGAAUCUGGGGACCUGCUGGCCCCCAAAACCAGCCGUCAUGAUAACUCCUUCAGUGACUUUUGUAGCACGGCUCCUUGCUUGAGUCUCAGCUUGCGCCCUCUACCUCCAGAUCAACCUACUGUCAAGAGCCUUGGAGCCUUACAGCAGAUCUGUGAGGAAGAUGAGGAUGAGGAGGAUGAGAAGGAGCAGAACAGGGACGAGAAGAAGCUAAAGGUGUUACCCAGUAUGCCAGGUCCACUUUCUGCAACAGAUCUCUCUUUAAAACCUUCUAGAACAUCUUUGCAAUCAGAGACUCAGAGGAGAACAGUGAGGCCAAAAAGUAAGGUGAUAGGAAACUGUGAAACUUUGGCUGAGGAGGAGACAGAUGGCACAGAAAAGCAGGUGUAUUCAGAGUCUAACUUCACUGCUGUCACUGUAGAACUUCAAGGGGUGAAGCCUCCAAAGACUGAAUCUCAUGUAGAAGAGAUCAACCACACUGAGCUGCCAGUUAGAACAAGGGACAAGACCCCAAAGACUGAAGCCCAUUUGGAAGAGAUUAACCACAGUGAACAACCAGGUAAAUCAAGGGACAAGAGCCCAAUGACUGAAGCCCAUUUGGAAGAGAUCAACCACACUGAGCAACCAAGUAGAACAAGGGACAAGAAUGUUUUCAUCCACCCGAGCAUGUCUUUAGAUGAGCAUGAUGGACAAAAGAAUCAAGAUCUAUAUAUAGAUGUACCUCCUCCAGCUCCUAGACUGGAUGUUGUACAGUGCUGCUGGGGACAGCAGAAACCUUCAAAGGACACAGUAGAAAACAACAAUAACACCAUAGCCAAAUCCAGGCUCCUUGAGGUUGGGGUAGUGUCCACUCCAUGCAGUUCCCCAAGGUCCCUUCCUAGAAAUCACUGUGUGGACCUGGGUCCAGAUGGGGUGGAGAUGCGCAAAACUGGGGGUGAAGUUGAGAAACCAGAGGAAGCCCAGCCCAAACCCCAGAAAGGUCUUCACAGCCCGAGGGACACAACCACUGACCCUGCUAUCCGAGCUGACUCCAGUAAGGUCAAGAACGUGAAUUUGCGAGAACGUCUACUGCAGUUCCCACUCUGUGAGAAAGCCUUGUCCUUUAACAUCCAGCCCACUUCUAAAGAGAAGCUUCUUCCCUUUGCACAAUAUAAUUGCUGCCAUGUGCUGUAGAGAGGGAUGCGGAGAAGAAAGAAUGCACUGACACAGUUAGUGUGAACCCCAAUAAAAGCCCUCUACAACUGUCCAAAGUUGCAUAGACACUAAAAGACAAAGAGUGUGAUCUAACCUUAUACUGUAACCUCAGUGUUUUGGUCACACUUUUGGUGUACUUAUUAUACAUCUCUAUUUUCUUUCCAUAUCCAGCAUUCCUUUCUGCUUUCCUUUAAGAAAGUUAACCUCUUAAGGUCAAAGUAUUCUUCGGUUUUCUGCAUGCAGCUACGUCUUGAACAGUGUGUGGGAAGCAAAUUUUGUCAUAAGAAGUGAACACGUAUACUGUCCACGUGCAGACCAGUUUUUUAGGCAAGCAGACAUUCCACGACUGUGCACGUCAUCUGCACAUGCACCUAGCAUUUACUGAACUAAAAAGUAUAACAAAGCAGUCGAAGUAUGCAUGCAGCGAAUUUGUCCAUAUGGGCUUGUAGUCAAAAGAGUAUACUUUGCAAGGCUAGAGUGUUCAACCGUGCGCAAGAUGUAACGGCAUGCUGAACAAUGAAGUGUACCCUAGCCUUUAGUAAUCCUGUGUACUGUAUAUGAACACCUGUAUCUACUGACACUGCUUACGAUAUUCUGUGCAAUCUCAGAGAGUUUUCUUAGAACUAGAGUAUGUCUUACCAGCAUAGCAGCUUUAAUUCAAUAGCUUGUCAUUUUGCCCUGUAAUAGUUCAACAAUUUGAAGCACCACCCAGUUUUUAAAAGUGACGAUGCAUCAUCAAAUUUGGGGGUUCGAAGUCCAUGCUUCACAGUGAAACCGAACAAGUCAGAUUUGGCUGCAACAAGAGCAGAUUGCAAACAAAGAGGACAUUUACAUUCAGCUCAAGUAGGAGGACGUAGUCUUCCUGUUGUUAACAAUUAUAGAAUCAGUUUUAUCUUGUUCGUUUGGUUUGUUUACUUAUUCAGGGGGGCUGUGUAGCAAGAUUCUUCUUGGUACUCGCACAGUUUUUGAGAAGAUACAUGUCCAUAGGACUGUUGCAAUUGUUCAUGCACUAUUGCCUUGUGUGGAUGUGUUUGUUAGCUAACAUCUUUACCCUCAGGCUAUGGCACAGAAAGCAGAACAGUUGGCCAUAUUGAUAUAGUGAACAUUGACAGUUUGAGAACAUGAUUUUGAGUGCAUGCUAAUUCAGAACAGCUUAGCUUAGCAUCCACAUUCCGUUAGCUGGGGGUUGACUAGGGUAAGACGUUAUGUAUAUCGGUGAUAUAUUUUUUCAACAAAAAAAUAGAACAAAAACAGAGAACAGAGAUUAUUCUGAGAGAUUAUUGGGAGAGAUUUUUCAUGAAAAGGACAUAUUAUUACACGACAACAGAAGCCUGGUCUUCCUGGAGCCAUAUUUUGGAGUUUGUUUUAAAACUGCUAAUGCUUGGAAAUAGUUUGAAGCUUUUAUCAAGUAUUAGAGUGUUAUUAAGGGUUUGUUGGAAACAUGGCGACAAAGACAUCAUAUAAUUUUUUUUCACUUAAGGAGAUAUGUGACAGGGAUUAAUUACAUAACAUUUGAACAUCUAUUUUUGUUUAAUCAUCUGUCUCUGCAUAUAGAACAUAUGUUGUAAUAGGAUAAGCCCUUAUCCGGACAUGUGUAUUGUUGUAUAUAUUCCUUUAAGUUUACCAUGUAUGCUAUUGGUAUGACAUUGUAUUUUGACCCUCACUUAGCAUACAUGAUAACCAAUCAUUUCAACUCCUCCAUUUUAAGUAUUAUCAAAAUGAAAGGAGUGACUUAUGACACCAGUGUCAUAAAAAAGAAAUAUGUUAAAGUCUAUGUAUAAUUUGUGUCAUAGCUGUUGUAAAUACUUUUGAGGAGCCGUAUGUUAACUUGAUGCUAUAUAGCAUAGGUGAGCCUAGCUUAAAACCUAAAUUAAGAAAAUCCAGCCUUUGUAUGUUGAUACGGCAUGACUGAAGCUAGUGGUUACCUUUUUUUUUUUUUUACCUUUAAACAGCCUAAACACAUCACAUAAACAUUUAGAUAGCAAACGUGACUGUGAUUACUGUUAAUUUGGUACUCCAAAAGAUGUCAAAGCUAUAUCACUAUAUAUACUGUAUAUGUAGUGCACCUUUCACCCAUUGAUUUCUCAUCAUCUUCUUGUGAAUUCAUUUUAUGUCACAGAGAUAUUGUAUUUGCAAAUGUCUUUCACUUUCACAGAGAUAAGCUUGACCAAAAGCACAAAACAGAUUUAAUGAAAUGUAUAUGGUGCUUUGGGGAGAAAUAGGGCCUACGUGGACAAAUUUCAUAUAAAUAUUUCCGGUUACAGAUAAAUUUGAAUUUUGUCACUAGUACACACCAGUUAUAAUAUGGAAAUGGAUUAUAAUUACGAUAUUGGCCUGUAGUCACAAAAGCUGAGGAUCCAGGAUCAGGUUUAUUCAUUCCCAUACUGAUCUUGUUUAACAGACAGUACUGAUCUUAGAGAUAAUUAGUGAGCCCUAUGGACCAAUCAGAGGGCAGAGUAAAGAUUAAUAUGCACUGCAUUUUCUAUAUAUAUAUAUAUAUAUAUAUAUAUAUAUAUAUAUAUAUAUAUAUAUACAUAUAUUAUGUUUUGAUUUUGUUUAUCAUUUUACAAGAGUCUCUAUCCUUUCCAAGCAGCUGUAAUCAUUUCAUGGCGAUUUGGGUUUGUCUAUAGUCCCUGUUACCCUUACUAAAACUAUGACUGUGUCUAGAUGAGAUUAAUUUAUUUUUAUAUUUAUUUAUUAAAACUGA